AUGGCUACUGGAACCGUCGACCGCUCGCCACCCACUGAGGUGCAGGAUCCAUCAUCCACCACACCCAAGAGCCCCGUCGAAGUCCGAUCGGGCCCCAUCCCCGAGCAUGAGGCGCCCGCGGUACCCUCGCCCCGACCCACACCGAUGCACCAGCGACACUUGAGCCCGUUUGUCAUCACCGAUCGACCGGAGGAGAAGCAGCUGGGCCUGUCCAGCCGCAGUCUGAGCCUGCAAGACUUUCGACUCCUGAAGACACUCGGCACGGGCACGUUUGCUCGCGUCUGGCUCGUCAAUCUGAAGAAUGCACAGGAGCGUCGGAACCAGGUGUAUGCGCUGAAGACAUUACGCAAGGCCGAUGUGAUCAGACUCAAGCAGGUCGAACAUGUGCGCAACGAACGCAAGACGCUCGCGGCGGUGUCAGGCCACCCGUUCAUCACGGCGUUGAUCGCGACCUUUGCCGAUGAUCAAAGCUUACAUAUGCUGCUGGAAUACUGCCCUGGUGGCGAGAUUUUCAGCUAUCUACGGCGUGCACGUCGAUUCAACGAGAACACCUCCCGGUUCUACGCGGCGGAGAUCUGUCUCACCAUCGAAUUCCUCCACGACGUCGAAGGAGUGGUCUAUCGCGACCUCAAACCAGAGAACAUCCUCCUCGAUGCCGAAGGCCACAUCAAGCUCGUCGAUUUCGGAUUCGCGAAACAGAUCGGCGACCGCGAAACGUACACCUUAUGCGGGACCCCCGAGUAUCUCGCCCCGGAAGUCAUCCACAACAGCGGUCACGGCUUAGCGGUAGACUGGUGGGCGCUGGGCAUCCUCAUCUACGAAUUCCUAGUCGGCCAGCCGCCGUUCUGGGACCAGAACCCGAUGCGGAUCUACGAACAGAUCGUCGAGGGCCACGUCCGGUACCCACAGGGCAUGUCGGGGGCUGCCCAGAACAUCAUCUCCCUGCUGUGCAAGACGAACCCCACCGAGCGACUGGGUUACAUCUCGGGCGGCUCGGGUCGAGUCAAGGCGCACCCGUUCUUCGAAGGCAUCAACUGGGACGAUCUCUUCCACCGCCGCACGAAGGGACCCAUCCUCCCGCGCGUCGACCACCCCGCCGACACGGGGAACUUCGAAGAAUAUCCCGACCCCGACCUGCGGAACCAGGCCAUCUACUCCGAAGACCUGAAGAGGAAAUACGAAGUUCUGUUCAGCGAUUUCUGA